UUGGUGCGGGUCUCAUCCAGCCAACUUCCUCGUUCCGCUCCUUCCGCCCGGAGCCCACGACCUCAAAAGCCGCCAGCCUUCAGCCAACGCGGCCGGAUCGCCUCGCGCUGCCUCGUCUUUCAUUCCGAUGCUCGUAUCUUCUCUCCCCGUCUCUCUCGCCCUCAUUCUCCUGCUCUCCCUCCUCGAUCCCAUCUCUGCUGCACCCCGUUCCCGGACUCGUACUGCUGGCCAGUCAAUACCCCUCAUCAGGAGGAAUGCCGUUCGUUCUGCUACCGACUGGGGAACAUGGGCCAAGAACCACAAGCUUGCUCUUGAGGUCAAGUACGGCGGCUCGUCUUCGAAUCGCAAGAGAGCCUCCGGCACCAAUCUCCUUGUCAACCAGAACGCCGAUUCCAGCUACUAUGGCACCAUAGCUGUCGGCACACCAGCAACGUCCUACAAUGUCAUCCUCGACACUGGCUCCUCGGACCUUUGGCUAGCCGAUUCCAACUGUUUCCUCGGAUGCGAGUCAAUUGCGACAUUUGAUACGACCUCCUCAUCCACAUUCCGAAACCUCUCCACCACGUUCGAUAUCACCUAUGGCUCCGGCAGGGCCGCUGGUUCCCUCGCACAAGACACGAUACAGAUGGCCGGUUUCUCUGUGUCUGACCAGAUCUUCGCCGUCUGUGACGAGGUGUCAUCUGGUCUGCUCAACAAACCCGCUUCCGGCCUUAUGGGCCUCGCAUGGCAGACUAUUGCCUCGUCAGGAGCCACCCCGUUCUGGCAACAACUCGCCGCGAAUAGUCUAUGGGACGAACCCGUCAUGGCUUUCCAACUUACUCGCUUCUUGAACGAUUCUAAAGCCCAGACGCUGGAACCAGGAGGGUCGUUCACUAUGGGGUUCACCAACUCCUCCCUUUACACCGGCGAGAUCGAGUAUCAAUCGAUCCCCAGCGGCGCGGUCUCGUACUGGAUUCUCCCCCUCACCGACAUCACAGUCCAGGGCAAUACCGUCACGCUCCCCUCCGGAUCAUCGUCCUACUCAGCCAUCGACACUGGUACGACGCUCGUAGGAGGCCCCGAGGAUGCCAUUGCUGCUAUCUUUGCUCAGAUCCCUGACGCGGUCGCUGGGACCGGUGACUACGCCGGAUACUGGAUGUACCCCUGCGACACGGACGUCACCGUGCAGAUGUCGUUUGGUGGCCGCUUGUGGGCUAUCGAUCCCGCGGACUUCCGGCUGGCGCAGCUGAGCCAGAACACAUGUUUGGGCGCAUUCUUUGCGCUCGAUACGGGGAGCAGCGCGCCAUCCUGGAUCGUUGGAGACACUUUCCUUAAAAACGUUUACUCCGUAUUCCGAUACAACCCACCCUCGGUUGGCUUCGCUGAAUUGUCGGAUACCGCUCUCGCCGCCGUCAGCGACUCUGUGCCUUCCGCAACCAUCGGUUCCAUCGCGGCGAGUGUCGAAGCCACCACCUCGGCGAAAUCGGAUAAGGUUCAGAGCAGCGCACCUGUCGCUACUCCUUCCUUUGCGUUAAUUGCGAGUUGCUUGCUGAUUAUGAUCCCGCCAAUGGCAUGGUGAUGCCUGCUUGGACCAUUAUUAAACCCGUUUAUCACUCAUGUAAAAUUACCGAGCACAGUAAUCAAUAGAAACGAGGACGGCAGCCAUGUAAUAAGGACAAUGCCCCACAUCGC